GAACAGUACCAACUAACUGCUAAUAUUGUGAGAGCCUCUGUACAACACGCUCCCGCAAAUUCAGAGAACACAGACAGGCCUCUCGACACGUGUUAAGCACUCUCCAUUAGCGCGUGCAAUUACUUCUCUUGGGAACCGCUGAACCCGUAAUUGCCACAGGGAUUUUAUAUAAUCUUUUCCUUGGCGAAGAAGAGUGAUCUUCUGGGUCACCUCUUUAUGCAAAGAACAGGAGCUAAUUUCUAUCGAAGUCCCCAUCUUUAUGAUAAUUAUCCUAGGAUUUUCCUUCUGUAAGUUCGUAUACUGAUUUUUAAUAAUUGCUUAAUUAUUAAUUGCUGCUUCAGUUUAGUUUCUUAGCUGUAUAUCAAAAGGUUUGUUCUGGGUUAAAUUUGCUUGCUUUAUAUUUCUCUUUGGCUAAAGUUCCAUUUCUAGCUGAUUUGUGGAUUGAAUUUUUGUGGGUUAUUAGUUUUUGUUGCUUUUAGGGAGGAUACUUUAGCAAUUGAGCUGCUUUUGAGACAUUGUCCUUAUUGGGGUAAUUGAUCUUUAUUUGGGAUGUUCGGUAUUAUUAUUAACAGUGCCACGGUAGCUUUUAGAUUCUCAAGUCGGUACAUUUAUAGCCCAAAGUGAUGAAUUUGGAUUCUCUUGGAGAGAAUUUUGUUGUGUGGUCUGAUUGUCGUAGUUCUUAUUGGGAAUUUGUUAAUAUGGAAUUGGGCUUUGUUUUUGUUUAAUUUCUCAUGUGGAGAAAUUCGCUUUUGCAAAUGGUAAAACAUGACGAGUAAUUGAGGAUUAGGGAUAGAUUUCUUGCUGUGGAAUCGAAUUUGGCUUUCCAUUGUGAUUCUUCAAUUUCACAAUUUGGAGAUAGGACAUAUAUGACUAAGAGGGCCUCUCAGUACGUUUGAGAGAGUUCUACUGUUUUUUUUUAACUCAAUACAAGAAGAUGCAAAGAGUUCGCUUGUCGUCGCAACAGGCACCUGUACAUAAGCUAGGAGAUUCCCAAAUGGCAUUAUCUCCCAAAUUUAGAUUAGCUGUGAUCCAAUCUUCCUUAUUAAGUCCUUCAUCAGAGAUUGAGUUAUCUCUCCAAGGUGAACCAUUAAUUCCAGGGCUUCCUGAUGAUGUUGCACUUAACUGUCUUCUCCGGCUUCCAGUCCAGAGCCUUGCAGCUUGCAGAGCUGUUUGCAGGCGGUGGCAUUUAUUACUCGGUAAUAAAGAGCGAUUUUUCACCCAUAGAAAAGAGCUAGGCUUCAAGGAUCCUUGGCUCUUUGUCUUUGCUUUCCAUAAAUGCACUGGAAAGAUUCAGUGGCAGGUUCUAGAUCUCAUCCAUUUCUCAUGGCACACUAUCCCGGCUAUGCCAUGUAAAGACAAGGUCUGCCCUCAUGGAUUCAGGUGUGCAUCCAUACCCUUUGAUGGUACACUUUUUGUGUGUGGGGGCAUGGUCUCUGAUGUGGAUUGCCCCCUUGAUUUGGUUUUGAAGUAUGAGAUGCAAAAGAAUCGUUGGACUGUAAUGAAUCGGAUGAUUGCAGCUAGAUCAUUUUUUGCAAGUGGGGUAAUUGAUGGGAUGAUAUAUGUAGCUGGAGGAAACAGUACUGAUCUUUUUGAGCUUGACUCGGCAGAGGUUUUGGAUCCUGUGAAGGGAAAUUGGCGCCGUAUUUCAAGCAUGGGAACAAAUAUGGCAUCUUAUGAUGCAGCAGUUCUCGACGGGAAGCUUCUUGUGACAGAAGGCUGGCUGUGGCCUUUCUUUUUCUCUCCUAGGGGUCAGGUGUAUGAUCCAAGAACUGAUAGAUGGGAGAACAUGGCUGUUGGGUUGAGAGAAGGCUGGACUGGCUCAAGUGUGGUAGUCUAUGGACACUUGUUUGUGGUCUCAGAGCUUGAAAGGAUGAAGGUCAAGGUGUAUGAUGUGGAGGCUGAUUCCUGGGAAACAAUAGAAGGGCCUCCUUUACCGGAGCAAAUUUGCAAGCCCUUUGCUGUGAAUGCCUGUGAUUGCAAAAUAUAUGUCGUGGGUCGGAAUCUUCAUGUCGCUGUGGGUCACAUCUCUAAGCUGAAGCAAAAAGGCACUUAUGGAAAAAGGUGGAGCUUCAGUGUUACAUGGCAUGUAAUAGAUCCACCAGACAGUUUUUGUGACCUGACACCCUCAAGCUCUCAGGUUCUGUUUGCUUAGCUUUUCUGUGAUCUCUGCAUCUUGUCUUGCAUGAUUUUGAAUAAAUUGUAACUAUGUGUAUUUGCGAAAGUUGUAGAUUGCUAAUGGCUGUGUGUAGAACAAAUGUAUCAAUCAUAUGGUUGCUUUUGCAGUUUAUCUUUCUAUCUAGUUUUUACAAUGAUUGCUUAGUGUAUUUUAUGUAAAAUGGCUAUCAUCUUGCUAAACUAAUGAAAGUUUCAAUAUCAUUAUUCGACGAA